GCGAGCGCGCAGCGGCGGCGGUCACCCCAGUUGCCCCGGCCCGGCCUCCCGCUCCCCGCGCCCCGCGUCUCCGCGCCCCACCCCCUCCCCUCGCCGCGUCCCGCGCCCCGGCCCCGGGCCCGCGCCCCGGCCCCGCCGCCCGCUAGGCCCCGCGCCCCGCGCCCCGGACCGGCCCGCAGCCCGCAGGCCGCCCGCCGCCCGCGCCGCCAUGGGGGUGGAGGGCUGCACCAAGUGCAUCAAGUACCUGCUCUUCGUCUUCAAUUUCGUCUUCUGGUUGGCCGGAGGCGUGAUCCUGGGUGUGGCCCUGUGGCUCCGCCAUGACCCACAGACAACCAACCUUCUCUACCUGGAGCUGGGAGACAGGCCUGCGCCCAACACCUUCUACGUAGGCAUCUACAUCCUCAUUGCCGUGGGCGCCGUGAUGAUGUUCGUCGGGUUUCUGGGCUGCUACGGGGCCAUCCAGGAGUCCCAGUGCCUGCUGGGGACGUUCUUCACCUGCCUCGUCAUCCUCUUUGCCUGUGAAGUAGCUGCUGGCAUCUGGGGUUUUGUCAACAAAGACCAGAUCGCCAAGGACGUGAAGCAGUUCUACGACCAGGCUUUGCAGCAGGCCGUGGUAGACGACGAUGCCAACAAUGCCAAGGCCGUAGUGAAGACCUUCCAUGAGACGCUCAACUGCUGUGGCUCCAGCACGCUCUCCACGCUGACCACCUCCAUUCUCAAGAACAACCUGUGUCCUUCAGGCAGCACCGUCAUCAGCAACUUCUUCAAGGAGGACUGCCACCAGAAGAUCGAUGACCUCUUCUCGGGAAAGCUGUAUCUCAUUGGCAUCGCGGCCAUCGUGGUUGCUGUGAUCAUGAUCUUCGAGAUGAUCCUGAGCAUGGUGCUGUGCUGUGGCAUCCGGAACAGCUCCGUGUACUGAGCGGCUCCAGCCGCUCCUGCUGCGGGAGGGGGGGGGGGGGCUGGUGAGAACCCUGCGGUGGCCCUAGAGUGACCGGACAUCCCUGAGGGCCCCCCUGGAGGGGCCGCCACCGCCUAUGUAUAGAACUUCUCCAGUAGUACUCUGCUACCCUUAUUAGCCUUUUUCCUUCUGAGGUUUUGUUUUUGUCCUGAAGUUCCUGAAGUUCCCCGUUCCCUUUUGGGGCUGAAGUCACCUAUAGACGGCGUGUGAGUUGGGCCUUGGGGACUGCAAGGCAAGGGCCCCUCUGCUUCUGCAGCUGCUUAGGGGCUCUGCCCGCUCAGCCAGGCUUCUCCUGGGGGCCACGUGGCCCACCCACCUGCCCCGGGGCUGCACGGCUCAUGCCUUUUUUAACCCUCUUUCCUCUCCUGCCACUUGUCUAGAGCCGGGUCUACAAGCAGCCUUACGCCUUCAGUGCACCUCUCCUUUCUAACUUGUCCCCUUCAACUGUAAUUACAUCUUGAAAGUCAUUCAAUAAAGAAGGAAAAACCGGGCAUGCUAA